AUGCCACUUACACUGACACCGUCAAGAGCCAUGGUACAUUUGAACUCACCAGAGAGUUUCAGUAAACUCCCGGGUGAAGUGAGUGCAACUUGUUUGGUCCUGGUUAAUGCUGGAAUGCCAAGAAAGUUCCAGGUUCCUUUUGAGAUGAUCCUGAUGCCGCGCCCAGCUGGAGACGAACAGCAGUUGAACACAGGACGCCGUCAGCAUACAGAACGGAUGACGACAAUCCCAGCGCUGACCAGCCGGACAACCCGAGUAGAGAAACCCAACCGGAGCGCAGCAGGCGAUAAAACGGCUUUGCAGACCGGGGUGCACGGUUCUAAGGAGGCACUGAGCAAAUGUGGUCCACAACGCGAUCGAUUCGAGCUGAUCUGCCCGAGCAUUUUGUUUGUUUGCCUUUACGUUGCAUGGACGGGGCUGAUCAGCAAGAACAUUCGAACUGGUGGCGAGGAUAGAAUUCUUCAUCCGGUGUAA